AUGCAUUUGGAGGGUGAGAAAAACCAACUAGCCGACGAGUUGGCUCUUUUUGAAGCUCACUCCCAUUCUUUUGAUGACGAGUUGGCUACUCUUCGUACCCAAGUUGUUUCGCUCCAAGAAGAGCUAGCGACUUCUUCUACGAAUGUUGACCUCUACCGUCAGGAGUUGGCAGCAAUUGGAAAAGAACGUGAUGACCUUGCUAUUCGCCUGAAUGAAGCAGGGGGAGUUUUGCGUGAGAGGGACAACUUGGUGGAGCAUGUUUUGAAAGAGCGGGAUGGCUUUGAUCGCGCAAACUUAAAAAUCGAAGGAUUGGCUAAGUCCAAAUCCGAAAAUGCUUCUCGCCUGGCCUCUCUUGGAGAUGAAAAGAGGGAGUUACUUAUAAAGUUGGGGGCAGCUGAAGGGAUGAAAGUAGAAGCCGAGAAAAACUUGGCUGAGCUUGAUGAGGUUGUUAAGUCUGCCAAGAAAAUAAUUUCUAUCCUAGAACGCCGAUUGGCUGAGUUGCGAUCUGCUUUGGAGAACUCUCCGAAUGACCUUAAUCAGAUUCUUCCCCAGUUGGCUGCUGCCCCCAAGAUUUGA